AUGCAGGACAAUACCAACUCUCCGCAUGUCAUUGGGGAGCCCACCCUUGAGGGACUUGCGAACUACAUUAAGCGCAACAACGUGACGAAGAUUCUCGUCAUGGCUGGUGCGGGAAUAAGCGUGGCUGCCGGUAUUCCUGACUUCCGCUCUCCACAGAGUGGAAUCUAUGCAAAUCUUGGUAAGUACAAUCUCAGUUCACCAACAGAUGCUUUUUCGCUACCGCUUCUACGUGAGCGACCUGAAGUGUUUUACAGUAUAGUACGGGAAUUGGAUCUCUGGCCUGGACACUUUUGGCCAACUGCAGUUCAUUACUUUAUUAAAUUACUCGCUGAUGAGGGACGACUGCUGCUCUGCUGUACGCAGAAUAUUGAUGGUCUGGAACGAGUUUGCGGUAUUCCAGAAUCACUACUGGUAGAGGCACAUGGAUCCUUCUCAUCCGCCUCUUGUAUUGAUUGUCACACCGAAUAUGAUCUUGCUGCAGCAACUCGAGAAGCGAGAGGAGGUAAUGUGCCACACUGCGCGAAAUGUGGUGGUGUUGUUAAACCAGAUGUUGUUUUUUUUGGAGAGGGACUUCCAGAUACAUUUUUACACGCCUUGCGUAGUGUGGAAGAGGCGGAAUUGCUUCUUAUCAUGGGAACAUCUCUUCAAGUACACCCGUUUGCACAACUGGCAUUAGGUGUUCGCCAUAAUGUGCCGCGUGUACUGUUUAAUCUUGAGCGGGUUGGCGGGUCCAUGUUUCGUUUUCCCAGCGAUGUGCCGAAUCCCGCCGAUGGAAGUGUAGACGGCACUGCACAGAGUAUGAGUUGUCGCUCCAACAGCAACAGUAGCAGCAGAAGUAGCUCCAGUGACGGCUACUCGCAGUAUGCACACCGCAUCACACACUCCGAGGGAAUUUGCCGCGAUGUUUUUUUCCCUGGUGACUGUCAGAUAACAGUGAGAGGCCUCGCUAAGGCGAUGGGCCUCGGGGAGCGUCUGGAAUCCAUUAUUCGUGAGGGUGAACAGAAGCGCAGAAGUUUAACUGAAGAGUAA